GGGGGUGACAAUUGGGGCAACAAUUGGGGUGCCAGCCGGGGUGCCAGGCAGGGCGCCAGUUGGGGUGACAAGUGGGGGGCCAGCCGGGGGGCCAGCCGGGGUCCCAUCCUGUCCCAUGGCACCCCGCAGCCCGUGGAGUACCGCCCGGUGCCGCUCCCCGGGGGCGAGGAGCUGGGCUACGUGCUGGCCCUCAAGCAGGAGCUGCGCGGCGCCAUGAAGAACCUGCCCUACUUCAUCAAACCCGGGGCGCCCCGCAGAGACAUCGAGCGCUACUCGGACAAGUACCAGGUCUCCAGCCCCGUUGACGGCGCCAUCGAUUGGAACCCAGGUGCGUGGGUUUUUUUUUUGGGGG